ACCGCCCGUCCGUCCGUCCAGCGCACAGUGCGGUGUAUCGCAUCACCGCAUCUGUCUCGCACCUGCUUGGCACGCCCUUGUCGAGUGUGCAGGUCACAAGUUGCUCUCCUGCCCAUUAUCGGAGAACAAAUCUUUUUUUUUUUUUUUCAGUCUCUCAAAGCCCUCCUCCUCCUCUUCCUUCCCCCUCCUCCUCCGCCCCACGACGAUUGAGCCGCCCGGCACUGGAGUCGUUAUAACCCUCGCGCGUGGAUGUCUAUUGCGCUCCAUCCUUCUUCUUCUUCUUCUCGUCGUCGCCGCCGCCUCUGCUGCUGCUCCACUCUCAAACUAUAAUAGAACUCAAAGCAAGCCAGCAGGAGCAAUGACAGACCCGACCAGCCGAGAGUCCUACCCAGUCCCGGACUUGACCAUAGUGGACCCGUCUGCAGUCACAGUGCGGAACGGCCAGCGCGCCCCGGAUGGCUUCGGCAAUAACCAUCACAACCACAACAACCAGCAACAGCACGUCAAGAGCCCCAUCCAGCAUGAGGCGCUCACCUCCGGACAAGAGAUGAAAAUCACAGACAAUGUGGAGGGAGAAGGUCUGUUGGAGAGCAGCAUGCGCCUGAAGCCUCACGAAGCUCAGAACUACAGGAAGAAGGCGCUCUGGGUCUCGUGGGUCUCCAUCGUGGUCACCCUCAUCCUUGCCGUGACGGCGUUCACCGUAUCAUUCAUGAGACACAGCGCAUCGGCCUUCGGAUUUGCCUUUGAUGCCACCUUGGAUGUUCUCUCAUCCAUCAUUGUGCUGUGGCGCUACAGCAACGCGGCCGCCGUGCACUCGGCGCACCGAGAAUACAUAGCAUGCGUGGUCCUCGGAAUUGUCUUUCUGCUCUGUUCCCUGUGUAUUCUUGGAAAAGCAAUUCAUAAUUUGGUUACCAGGAUGCCCCCAGAAGUGGAUGACUUCCUCUUCAGUGUGUCCAUCGUGAGUGGAUUUGUGUGCACCGUGCUGGCUGUUGCCAAAUUCUGGCUGGGCAAAGUGCUCACGAGCCGCGCACUCAUCACGGAUGGCUUUAAUUCUUUGGUUGGCGGUAUCAUGGGAUUUACCAUUCUUAUCAGCGCCCAAGUAUUCAAGGACCACCCCGAUGUCUGGUUCCUGGAUGGCUUGAUUGGAGUUCUCAUUGGUCUCAUCAUCUUGGCAUAUGGGGUCAAGCUUUUAAUGGACAUGGUGCCCCGUGUGAGGCAAACACGGAACUACGAGCGCUUCGAGUGAGCUUCAUUGACUGGUCACCUCCCUGCUCGCGUCUCUUUCCUUCGUAGCGCUUGGACAUGGGAUUUAUAGGCGUACCGUCAUCACAAGCGACUGUCUAUGCUGCAUUCAUCCAUUCUCAACACCGAUUUAUAAUUUGCUUUCUAAUACAAAGGCAAAAGAUUCAAAGUGUAGCAGCAUCGAGGCAACAACCGUAACUGGUCUGUAAAUGUAAUGUGUCAAAAAAACAA